GGGCUUCCUUUUAAUUUAGUUUUUCCUCCCCCCUUUUCCCCCCACCCCCAACCUUCCCCCUUACCUCCCCCACCCCCCUUUAUCACCACCCCCCUUUUAAAUAAGAGGGUGAAGGGGAACCAGAGCGCACAAGGGAACUGACUCAGGAGGCAGAGAAGAUGGGCAUCCUCAGCGUAGACUUGCUGAUCACACUGCAAAUUCUGCCAGUUUUUUUCUCCAACUGCCUCUUCCUGGCGCUCUAUGACUCGGUCAUUCUGCUCAAGCACGUGGUGCUGCUGCUGAGCCGCUCCAAGUCCACUCGCGGAGAGUGGCGGCGCAUGCUGACCUCAGAGGGACUGCGCUGCGUCUGGAAGAGCUUCCUCCUCGAUGCCUACAAACAGGUGAAAUUGGGUGAGGAUGCCCCCAAUUCCAGUGUGGUGCGUGUCUCCGGUGCAGAAGGAGGUGACAACAGUGGCAAUGGUACCCAGGAGAAGAUAGCUGAGGGAGCCACAUGUCACCUUCUUGACUUUGCCAGCCCUGAGCGCCCACUGGUGGUCAACUUUGGCUCAGCUACUUGACCUCCUUUCACGAGCCAGCUGCCAGCCUUCUGCAAACUGGUGGAAGAGUUCUCCUCCGUGGCUGACUUCCUGCUGGUCUACAUUGAUGAGGCUCAUCCAUCAGAUGGCUGGGCGAUACCUGGGGACUCCUCUUGGUCUUUCGAGGUGAAGAAACACCAGAGCCAGGAAGAUCGAUGUGCAGCAGCCCAGAAGCUUCUGGAGCGUUUCUCCUUGCCGCCCCAGUGCCGAGUUGUGGCUGACCGCAUGGACAAUAACGCCAACGUAGCUUACGGGGUAGCCUUUGAACGUGUGUGCAUCGUGCAGAGACAGAAAAUUGCUUAUCUGGGAGGAAAGGGCCCCUUCUCCUACAAUCUUCAAGAAGUCCGGCAUUGGCUGGAGAAGAAUUUCAGCAAGAGAUGAAAGAAAACUAGAUUAGCUGGUUAAAGGUAUGAUUGUAAGAGCUUAUUGUUUUUAAAAAGUAUAUAAAGGCAAGGACAUUAAGAACUGGAUCCGUAUUUCAACAGAGUCCCAUUGCCUUACCGAAAGACAGGAGUUUGCCUUUCAGAAGAACAUGAAUCUCUAACAGCUUCAUACUUUCUUCACUACUCAAAUGGCACUGGGCUAAGUAGUAGCCCUAUCACUUCUCUUGUGAGUGAAAAGCCUUAUGUGAAAAGAUCCCAAGACGGAGAGGAAGAAACCCUGAUUCAGCAUGUGUUCAUUCUGCAUUGGGAAGGAACUGAUACAGGUGAUGCAUGCUUUGAGACCAGAAGAAAGACUUACGUGAAUAACUACUACAUUAGGAAGCUACUGUUUACGUUAAGAUAAAGGGUAUUGCCUUUGCUCUGUUUUGCAUGGAUGAAGCCUAAUUGGAAAUUCCCCAAAUAUUAUAACAAGUCCUUGAACCCAGGCCAUGUGGCUAGACAUUGGUGUUAGGGUUAGACUUUAGAGUCGUUUCUGAUGUUCCAGCUUUUAGUCAUGUAGUACUCUCAGUCUUCAUAGCCCAGAACUUACAGGUAUGUUUGUAGAUACCAAGAAUAAUCCCUCAAUCUAGGAGGUUAGAAUGAUCAUCUGAAAUGUGAGGAUUACUUCCUAGGCAGGUGGAGAGAGUGCUAGGAAAGAAAUCAAAUUGACAAGCUAGGAAAGAGGAGGCAGAAACAUUUGGAAAAUUCACAGAGUUUCACCUUGAAGCUGUAGAGAGUAGAACUCAUUUGUUAGCCACAGAAACACAGAAACACACGCAAGUCCUGAAAAAGACACAGCAGCUCCACUAAAGGUGGCAUAGAGAGUACACAUAUAAAAACAAUAUAUUUGUCAUAUGUUCCUAGAUAGAAGGAGAAAGGGAGUAUUGAAAGGAAAAAUAUUCUUAAGUAUUUGUAGUUGUGAGAGGUUUCUGUUGGAAAUAAUUACUUUUGAAACAUGUAUGUGGUAUGUAUAUUUUCAGUGGGUUAAUUACACCCCAUGAUACCUGUUAAAGGAAAACCAGUGGAUCUGCUGGUGCUGGUCUUUUCCUCUCCAUUCCUGCAGUUAUUAUGUGGCCAAGUCAGUCCUAAUCUCAGUCUCUAUAGCAGUGUUCUCUCUGAAUGCUGUGCUGAAGAAAUUAUACGUACAUGCAUACAUACAAAUGUACAUAUAUUCUCAGCUGCUGUGGGAGGUAGGUACCAUGGCCAUUCAGCACAGUCUUGACUUCCUCCCAAAGCAGGUGAACUGUAAUGAAGGAUAGGUGUAAGCAAACAAACUUACGUCCAUUGCAAAAUAGAAGAAGAGGAAUUUAUAGAGAAUUCCAAUCAAUAAUUUUGGAAGCUUUGUUAUAAGGCAACCCCCGGUAUCAUGGAAUUUUCACUGAUGUUUGAAUUUGGACAUGGAUCUUCCUUUUUUCCAAUAGUUGAAUUUUAGUAAUCUAAAGUCCUUAUAGUAUAUGAUUAUAAUGCUAUUUUAAUAUAUAUAAAAUAGUUUUUUCUUUUUAAAAUAGAUACUAUAGUUUUACCCAUCAGUAAUAUUCAAAGAUCAUAGCCCCCAAAAGAAUAGAUGAACCAAUUUUGUAUCAUAAUUUUUUUGAUAAAUAUAAGACUAUUAUAAAAUCAUAGUAUAUGAUUGUAUUUAAAGGUACAAUCAAAGGACCUUUUGUUCAUUCCAUUAAUAACUGAAUAAAAAUAAAUUAAUAGAAAAAACUAAAGUUGAAAAUACAUUCUUAAACUAGUUGUCUGAAAUGAGAAAAGAAUGGGAACUAGGUGUGCAAGAAUCAAAAGUAUUAUUUUAAAAUGGGAGCAACAUAUCAGUCAUCACUAGCUGGUAUGUUGUGUAAAUAUUACAGCUCCAUUGUGACAGAUUUUUUUUUAUGGCAACAUCAGCUUUCUAAUGUUUUAAAUUCUAUAAAAAACACCCACAAAGAAACAAGGCAAAUUUCAAAAAUGUGAUGUUUUCUAAUGAAUUGCUGAAAAAUCAUAUCGAGAAUAAUUAUUUCAGAUUCCUCGGUUGUUAACCUCUACAUUCAAGGCUUAUCUCUGCCCUCAUUGACUUUUUUUAUCUUCAGAAUGGUGUUGAGAUUUCCAUGGGACCCUAAAGCAGUAAAAUAAAAAAUCUGGUUGCAGCACAGUCACACUGUUGUCCUUAAACUUCCCCUUUAUUCUAUUUGUACGAUAAUGUAACAGUAUGUCAGAUAAGCCGGUGGGGGGAUGAGAUUUGGCUAAGGCAGUGCUAGUCGACUGGGGAAAAGGAUGAUGGAAAAAUCACCCAGUUGUGCUAUAUUUUUAAAGAAAGAGGUCGUUUAUGUGUAGACCUGUUCUCCCUGAGGAUAGCCCAAUGGAGGAAUGAAGCAGAGGAAGGAAACAUAGAAAGACCUAGGCUGUCAGGGAGGAAGAUGCUCAAUAGAAUAUGUAAGAAUUUCUGGAAGAAAGGCUGUGGAAGGGCCAAUGGAGAAAAUGAAUGGAUAAAGCUCAGGAAUCCUACAUUAUGUAGAAUGUCUUGGUGUUAUCAGGGUAAAGCCCAUGAUUAUGUAACCUAUUUAUCUCUACAUACAUUUUUAUGAUUUCUUGUGAUGCAUUCUUUUAUGAAAUUAACAAGAACUCAUUAUUUGAGGUAGAGGAAAAUCAAUGCUUUAGCUGAUAUGCUGAGAAAUUAUUAGAUUGCCAGUACUCACGGGCCUAUCCUGUGUUUUAUAAGGUAUGUGUUCCUUUGAAGAAUUGUAAUUCUUAUUCUCACAGGGAAAAGUGUAUCUAUUAAUAUAUCAUAGCAUAAAUCUAUGAUAUAUUUAUAUCCUAUAUAAAAGUCUGAGUUGUCUUUCUUAGUCCCUGAUCAUGUUUCUCCCAUAGGCUAUGUUUACAUGGAGCUAUCAGUUCAGCCUUUUAAGCUGCAUUAACUAGUCUAUUAUUAAAAUAGUUUCCAAGAAAUUUUAAAUAUUAUCAUAGCAUCUGGUUUUAUUCAAACCUUAUUGUUUGAAUGACUUAUGUCUUGGAACUAUUAAAAACUGACUUUAUUUAUUGUUUAGUGAAAAUACUAGUGGGAUCAACAAUGACUUUCUUGAAUGGGCAUGAAUGGAAAUGCUUGCUCAGUAAUUUAGAAGUGUUUCAUACAGUUAUUAAAAUGUAACUGACCUCCUUAGAUGUAGAUUAGUAACUGUUCCUGCUUUGGAAAGCUAAGAGACAGCCACUUAACUUACAUGACUUUCUAUUUUCAUGUUUGGUCUCUGGUCCUGUGUCUUCAACUCAUUUAUAGAAGUCUCCCUGAUUUUUGGUAAUAUCAACUUCCCAGUGGUCUAUCUAGUUAAAUUAUUCUCCCAUUAACCAGGAAGUGCUUAUCCUUUCAUCAAGGUGGGAAGAAUAGCCUAUUUUCUUUCAUUUUGCCUGAGUGUAUGUUACUAUUUGGGUUCUUAAGUAAAAAUUAUGACAUAUGGUGAGGUCACAUGAUGGUGCUACCUUAUUAGAGGGCAGGUUAAAGACAAUAUGUAUGCCUUUGGGAAAAUUCCCAUAUGGAUUACAAGGUGUCCUCAGGUUCCCUACAUGACUAUGUGCAAAGCAAGAGGAGUUACUGAUUUACAGGACUUCCUAUUAUGUAAAUCAUAGGAGGAUAGAUUGAUCUGGAUAUUUGUUCCACCUGACCUCUGACUGAUGGUUUGGAAAAUAAGCUUAAUUAGAAUCAUAUGACCAUUGAAAAAGAAAAAAUGUAAACCCUGACUUCUGUCCCACUGAAGGAUUAAUGAAAACCUUUACUAGCAUUUAGAGCUUUUCAGAACAAUGUCAUGUGUCUCAGCAGUGGGGACUGAAAGUAAGGCUUUUAAUUUUAGGAGCUUUUUUUUUUUUUUUUUUCCUAAAUGGUAUCGCCAAAAAUCAGAGUUAAAAUAUAUAUAGUUAGAUUCCAGCUUCCUUCUUCACUCCAAAUCUAGAAUCCAAACCCACUCUUCAUAUAUACUCCCAGAAUGAGGCUUACAUACCAAUCUCUUUGCAGUUGGCACAAUCUUGAUCAUUUCCUGAGGCUCUCAGGAGAGGAUCUAGAGCGGGAGAGGUAGAAAGUUGCAAACUGGGAAGGAUGAAGCCCUGAGGCCUUGAUCUAGAAAUCCGGGAAGAUUUGAAAACAAACUUCUCACAACUGAAGGAAGGCUGAAGGCUUCUGCAAGUCACUCAGUGACUUUAGGAUGAGCAAAACAUCAGGCCACUUCCUAAUGCCCUAUGUGUAUAAGCACCAGAAGCAAGGUCUCAGACUUAACAGACCCUUCUCUGUUCCAAGGUGAGUCUGAACCAAUAGAAAGCAAACAUGUACAGAUAUCCAAACAAGACUGCUCAUGCAAGUCAGGGCUGGCUGCCCGUCUUAGGCAGCAACAGCAGAGCUCCAGGGAGUUUAUUCAAUAUUUACUGAGACUUCGAAGACCCAGCAGAUGUUUAAUGAAGUCACUAUUUUGGCUCAAACCCUCCAUUUCUCCCCCUCUCCUGAAAAAGCAAACAGGUCAACACGCAAAUGAAAGAAACCCACAGAAGGGGAUGGGAAAUAAAGAAAAUUCUCUCAAGAUUUCUCCAGGCCCAUGUCGCUGGUUAGUGUGGUUUUUAUGUGUGUUAGGAUUGGGGAAUGUGAAGAAAUAAGUAUCCAGUACUUUAUAACCAAAGCAAUUAAAUGAUAUUGGGUAGGGAAUGUUGGCCAGUUUUGUUUAGUUUUGCAUCACAUUAUCCCCAGACUCACUAGCCCAAGUAAUCGGGUACCCGAAGAGGGAGGCAGAGAUGUGCAGAGUUGACCAGUGUGCGGAUGAUAACUACUGACGAAAGAGUCGUCGACUCAGUUAGUGGUUGGAUGUAGUCACAUUAGUUUGCCUCUCCCCAUCUUUGUCUCCCUGGCAAGGAGAAUAUUCGGGACAUGAUGCUGAGAGUACUGGGUAAACGUGGUGAGAAUGCAUGCGUGCAUAUGCUACUCAUAUGUGCUUCUCAGUUGCAGAAAAAGAACUGCUUUGGAGAUGAUCGGUAGAAAGAGUGUUAACCUAUUGGUGCUGAGUGGUAUGUGUGCUUAUACAAUUUGUUCUUGUAUUUUAAUAAACUUUGAAUUAAAGAAUAAAGCUA